AUGACUGGUCAAUUGAUCGAUGGGAAGGCCUGUGCUCAGGCAAUUCGCUCUGAAGUGGCAGAUGAGAUAUUGAAAUUGAAAAAACAGGAUCAUUCUUUUAAACCAUGUUUAAGUAUCAUUCAAGUGGGAUCUCGUAAGGACUCUAGUACUUACGUGCGUAUGAAAUGUAAAGCCGCAAAGGAGGCUGGAAUUGAAGCUGAUUUUAUUAGUUUGGAUGAAGAUAUUACAGAGCAUGAGUUGCUUGACAAAAUUGCACUUUUGAAUGAGGAUCCUUCUGUGCAUGGUGUGCUUGUUCAAUUGCCCCUACCGGGUCACAUUGAUGAAGAUAAGGUCACUUCUGCAGUUGUCGCUUCGAAAGAUGUUGAUGGCUUCGGACCUAUUAACAUUGGUGAGUUGAACAAGAAAAAUGGACAUCCUUACUUUAUGCCCUGCACACCAAAGGGUAUCAUUGAGCUUUUGAAAAGAUACCAUGUGACUAUCGCGGGCUCCAAGUCUGUUGUGGUUGGUAGAUCUGAUAUUGUUGGAUCGCCAGUUGCUGAGCUUUUGAAAUCUAUGGACUCAACUGUAACUAUUACUCAUUCCAAGACUCAAGAUUUGCCUUCUUAUCUGCAAGAUGCCGAUAUCGUGGUUGUUGCGAUUGGACAACCAGAGUUUGUUAAGGGUGAGUGGUUUAAGAACAACAAGAAGGGUGUUGUUGUCGUUGAUGUCGGUACAAAUUUUGUCGAAGACUCGACUAAGAAGUCUGGUUACAGAAACGUCGGCGAUGUCGAAUUUGAUGAGGCUUUGAAAUACGUUAGGUUGAUCACACCUGUGCCCGGCGGAGUGGGCCCAAUGACUGUUGCUAUGUUGAUGCAAAACACUUUGAUCGCUGCAAAGCGUCAAUUGGAAUCUGGUGGAAAACUAUGUGAGUUCGAAGCCCUACCAUUGAAAUUGCAAAAACCAGUUCCUUCUGACUUUGAAAUCUCAAGAGCCCAAAAACCCAAAGAAAUCUCUCAGGUUGCUUUAGAAGCCGGUAUCCUACCAUCUGAGUUGGAACCUUACGGUUCGACAAAGGCUAAGGUUAAUUUGAAGAUGAUGGACCGUUUGAAAAACAGAGAAAAUGGUAAAUAUGUCUUGGUUACAGGAAUCACGCCAACUCCAUUGGGUGAAGGUAAAUCUACUACAACUGUGGGUCUGGCUCAGGCUCUAGGUGCCCAUCUGAAAAAGACAGUCUUUGCUAAUGUUCGUCAACCUUCUAUGGGUCCAACAUUUGGUAUCAAAGGUGGUGCCGCUGGUGGUGGUUACUCUCAAGUCAUCCCUAUGGAUGAAUUCAAUCUGCAUGUCACUGGUGACAUUCACGCUAUCUCUAUGGCAAAUAACUUGCUAGCAGCAGCCAUCGACACAAGGAUGUUCCAUGAAUCUACUCAAAAGGAUGCUGCCUUGUACAAGAGACUAGUACCAGCAAAGAAAGGUGUAAGAACUUUCACAACUACAAUGAAGAAGAGACUAGAGAAGUUGGGUAUCGACAAGACCAAUCCCGAUGACCUGACUCCAGAAGAAAUCACUCAGUUUGCCCGUUUGGACAUUGACCCUGAAACCAUCACUUGGAGGAGAGUAGUUGACUGUAACGAUAGAUUUUUAAGAGGUAUCACCAUCGGUGAAGCUCCAACUGAACGUGGGUUCACAAGACAUACCGGUUUCGAUAUCUCAGUCGCUUCGGAGUGUAUGGCCAUCUUGGCGCUAUGUAACUCUCUAUCAGACAUGAGAGAAAGACUGGGUAAGAUCGUUGUAGCUGCUUCCAAGAGUGGUGUACCAAUCACAUGUGAAGAUAUUGGUUGUGCUGGUGCAAUGACCGCAUUGUUGAAGGAUGCUAUUAAGCCUAACGUUAUGCAAACUUUGGAAGGUACUCCAGUUUUCGUUCAUGCAGGUCCUUUUGCUAACAUUUCUAUUGGUGCUAACUCUGUCCUGGCUGAUAAGAUGGCACUGAAGUUGGCAGGUGUGGAUCCGGAAUUGCCAGAAGAAGAGAAGAAGGAAAGAUUUGGUUAUGUGGUCACUGAAGCCGGUUUCGACUUCACAAUGGGUGGUGAAAGAUUCAUUAAUAUCAAGUGUCGUUCAUCUGGUUUGACUCCAGAUGUUGUCGUCAUCGUCGCCACUGUCAGAGCUCUAAAAGUUCACGGUGGUGGUCCUGAAGUGAAGGCUGGUGCUCCUCUACCUGCUGCAUACUUGACCGAAGACGUCGACCUCUUGAGAAAAGGUUGUGCCAACUUGGCUAAACAUAUCUCUAACGCUAAGCAAUACAAUCUACCGGUUGUUGUUGCAAUUAACAAGAUGUCUUCUGAUUCUGAUCUGGAACACCAAGUUAUCAAAGAAGAAUCUUUGAAAGCUGGUGCUAUUGACGCUAUUGUCUCAAACCAUUGGGAAGAAGGUGGUGCUGGUGCGAUCGAUCUUGCCAAUGGUAUCGUAAAGGCUACUCAAGAAGAAUCAAGCGAAAACUUCAAAUUCCUAUAUGACACCGACGGAUUGACCGUUCAAGAGAAGAUCACCAAGAUUGCGCAAGAUAUGUACGGUGCCAAGGAUGUCGAAUUUUCUCCAGAAGCUCAGAAGAAGAUCGAGCUAUACACCAAGCAAGGUUUCGACAAGUUGCCAAUCUGCAUAGCAAAGACCCAAUAUUCGUUAUCUCACGAUGCUAACCUGAAGGGUGUUCCAACUGGUUUCACUUUCCCAAUCAGGGAUGUGAGAGCUUCCAUUGGUGCUGGGUACCUGUACGCAUUGGCUGCAGAGAUUCAAACCAUCCCAGGUCUACCAACGCACUGUGGUUUCAUGAACGUCGAAGUUAAUGAAGACGGUGAAAUUGACGGUAUGUUCUGA